CUGGAUCAGCACUACACAGGUCAUUCAGCACGACAGAGAAGACACACCUGGAGCUCUACACAGGUCAUUCAGCACAACAGAGGACACACCUGGAGCUCUACACAGGUCAUUCAGCACGCCAGAGAAGACACACCUGGAUCAGCACUACACAGGUCAUUUAGCACGACAGAGAAGACACAUCUGGAUCAGCUCUACACAGGUCAUUCAGCACGACAGAGAAGACACACCUGGAGCUCUACACAGGUCAUUCAGCACGACAGAGAAGACACACCUGGAGCUCUACACAGGUCAUUCAGCACGACAGAGAAGACACACCUGGAUCAGCUCUACACAGGUCAUUCAGCACGACAGAGAAGACACACCUGGAUCAGCUCUACACAGGUCAUUCAGCACGACAGAGAAGACACACCUGGAUCAGCUCUACACAGGUCAUUCAGCACGACAGAGAAGACACACCUGGAUCAGCUCUACACAGGUCAUUCAGCACGACAGAGAAGACACACCUGGAUCAGCUCUACACAGGUCAUUCAGCAUGACAGAGAAGACACACCUGGAUCAGCACUACACAGAAUCCAACCUAGAAACAGCAAGAACUAUGGAACAAUCUACAGGAAGUCUCUCUAUCAUCACCUGGAACACUUGUGGUGUUAAACCAACAAAACACAGUCCAUAUAAGUUGAUUGAUAUAAUGGAAUAUGGCAAGAAACAGAAAGCUGACGUAAUCUUCCUUCAAGAAACUCACAUUGGACCUAACUGCUAUAGAAAGCUGGAAGAACAUGGAUGGGAAGAGAUGGAAACACAUUGGACCUCUUACUUUACAGUUUACUCUCCGAGUAGCAAAGGAGUGGCCAUACUGGUGAAUAAAAAACUAAAACCACACUAUGUGUACAUCUGCCAUGAUGAAGAUUACGCUGGUGGCUACAUUGUCCUGUUCUGUCAGAUGUAUGGUCAACUCUUCACUCUUGUGAAUGUGUACAAUCAUAAAACAGACAAGAAAGUACUGGGGAGGCUGUCACAGUAUCUUCAGGAGAUGAAGAUUGGCACUUUAGUGAUUGGAGGGGAUUUCAACACAGUCUUGGACCUUGACUUUGACAAGCGUACAGCAUCUGAACAUAGACGGCACACAUCCCUACGACCUCUCCUGCAGAGUUUCAUUUCCUCACUGAACCUCCAAGACACAUGGGCAAGACUACAACCAACAAAAGAAGCCUUCACUCGUUCUCAGGGCACCAGCCGCUCCCGGAUAGAUAUGUUCUUCAUGCAACAGGACAAAGCGACAUUUGCUCAGAGCUCUGAGAUUGACACCGACCUUGAGUUAUCAGAUCACAACCCUGUGUCUCUGAAGAUCCUUGUUCCUAAAAUAGGAAGCACGUUAACAGAUGUUCAUGAAAAGCUGAGGAAGUUGGGCGAUGGUGGACAAAAAGUCAAGAACAAAUUAGAUAGAAGAGCGGGAAAAAUCAGUGGGGCUGAAGUCCUUGUGGCGAUAAAAUCCCUGACUGACUCAAGGGAAGAUGACCUCAUGGAAACAGAGACAUUAAAGCAUGAAUACAAUGAAAUACUCAGGAAGAAGGAAAUACCAGAGGGAUUCAAUAUGUCACUAAACCGAAAGUACAAAAUAUUUGCCACAAUACUUGCCAACCGUCUGCAGACGUACCUAGAACCCUCGUUCAGAGGAAGUAUUAACAUACCACCAAAUAGUUCGCCAUACAUAGUUUACCUGGGCAUGCAACCAUUGAUUAAGUCAACUUUCUUAGAAGAGGCACUGCUGUCCAUUGACAUAAUUCAGUCUCCUCCUAAAGACUUCACAAUCCUAAAGCAGGUGCUUCCUGAGGACUUGGGCAUCUUGUGGAAGCUACUCCCAAUGGUUGAAGGUUCCUCGGGUCACAAAAAUCUACAGGAUCAAUGCCCCCUCACCCCAGCACUACUCCACCUGUGUCUGAAGUACAUGGAGCACCGAGUCCAGAAGACAGGCACAGUCCUUAGUGUUAGCCUUCAAAGACGGAGUCUUUUGAUACACAUGGAACAAGAGAAAAAGCGUUCGGUGGUCACACUGCUCUCUGAAAUCAGAAAUGUAUUAAUGUUUACUGAAUUUGAAGGUAACAUCUUAAGUGGAAGAUGAACAUUCAAAUUAAAUGAAAGAUUCUUAGAAAAAUAUUAGAGAAACUGUUAUUGUUCUUUAAAUGUGGAUAUUGCCUUCAGCUUCACAAUGAGAAAAACAAAAUACCAUUGAAAAUAUAAGAAACAUAUAUCAAACUACAUCCAUGAAGUGUUGAACCAGUGAUCUCCAUACUGCAUGCUAUGGGCCCUGAGCACCUGUUCAGCCAUCGGUCUCUUCAGUCAUCUCCAGACCCACGGCCAGCCUGCCAGACCCACGGCCAGCCUGCCAGACCCACGGCCAGCCUGCCAGACCCACACCUCAACCCGGACUUGUGAUACCUGUAGGGAAAUCAUACUACGAGAGAUGGGAUCGCAAAGGAAGUAAAGAUGGGACUGAAGUGAAGGUCAAACCCAGAACCAAUCCUACAGAGUCAUUAGGUUAAACAAUCAAAUAAGAGGAAUUAGACUUCAUAUCCAGGGAUAUGGGAUUUCUGGCCCCAUCUUCAUCUCCAAGGUAGCAUAGCAGUUCAGACGUCUUUUGUCCUCGUCUUGUCGUGUCCUGUAUAUAUAUAUAUAUUU